AGUUCAGUGGGGCGGCUUGUGGGUUGUGGCUUCUUCCUCAUUUUUCCAGAAAACCUCAUAAACCUCUUCUCACUUUCUCCGGAAUUUGAUUGAUUCCCUCGAGGAAAAAUCAAUCUUCCCGGGAAAAUCAGAAAAAAUGGCGGCUAGAUUGUUGUUCCGUCGAAGUUCCCAAAUCCUCCGAUCUAUUCAAAGAAAUCCUCAAAUCUCAUCAUCAUUCGAAUCUCCUUCCCCGAUUUUUUAUUCAUUGACCACCUCCUCACCAGAUCCAUCGCGAUUAUCAUCCUUAACCUUCCUCCGAUCUCUCUCCAUCGCUCGUCGUGGUCCAACGCGUCCUAAGAAGAUCGACAUCGGAGCCAAAGCGCGUCAGAUGCAGAAUCGCCGUUUGUGGACCUACGCGUUAACCUUCAGCUGCAUCGCCGGCUUCGUAGUUAUCGUCCUAAACCAAUUCCAAGAUCAGCUUGUCUUUUACCUAACGCCAUCAGACGCUAUGGAGAAAUUCGCAGAGAAUCCAACCAAAAACAAAUUCAGACUCGGUGGUUUGGUUCUAGAAGGUAGCGUUGCGCAACCGGCGGCGUCACAGGAGAUGGAAUUUGUGAUCACCGAUCUGAUUACAGAUAUUUUGGUUAGAUACAAAGGAUCUUUGCCGGAUCUGUUUAGGGAAGGUCACUCGGUUGUGGUUGAAGGAUUCAUUAAGCCGUAUACGGAUGAAGUGAGGAAGGAAGUUUCUACAAAACCUGUUUCGCAGAAAGCUAGGAAUCUCGAUUGUUUCUUCUCGGCCACGGAAGUUUUGGCUAAGCAUGAUGAGAAGUAUAUGCCACAGGAAGUUGCGGCGGCGAUUGAGAAGAAUAAGAAGAUUAUUGAAGCGGCGGCAGCCACUGAACAAGCUGCUCAAGUAGUGGCUUCUUAGUUUGGUAUAAACUUCAUUCUUUUUAAGUUUAUCAAAAUUUUCCCCAAGUUCGAGCUUUUGGUGGGUAUUAUUGUUCAUCUUAUAAUGAUAUAUUUGAUUAUAGUUUCUGGGAAAAGAGUAGGAAGAUUGGAAUGGUUUAUUCCUGGAAAACAGAGAUUUGAUUUUGAGUCUAUUUGAGAAUUAGGAGGAGAAAUGUGAUGAUACACACUAUACAGUAGCUUUGUUUGAUCCCACAAAGCUAUAAGCUAAUCUACUUUCUUGUUAUGUUGAUCAAAUAAAGAAACAAUUUGACG